AUGCAGGAUAUUAUUGACCAUCUACCUAAACUUCCUGAAAUACAACAACAAAAACUCACUAUUCCUGAAUUUGACGAAAUUGAAGUCAGACCAACUGACUCAGUAGAAAUUAAGAAAUUCAUACGAAAGGUAAAUUAUGAGUUUCUUGGAUUUCAUUGCAACCACAAAGUUAUGGACAAAGAUUGCGACAUGUUAUAUAAGAACAUCUCUGACAUAUAUAAAUCUGAAGAAUUUAAGACAUACGACAACUUUGUUUCAUUAGUUGCUGAAUGUGUAUGGCAGAUAAGAGAUAAAGAUAAAAGAUGUAAAAUAUGGAAUGAACAGAUAAGACCUGCAUGUUUUGAAUUUAAGAGGACCAUUGACGCUAUAGUUGUUUUAGCAGGUAAGGUUUCAAUGUACAAUGCUAAAAUGAACCCACAAUGUUCUAAAUGUAAAGCAGCAAUAAGGAAAUAUAACUAUUCUGUCAAAGAGAUAGAAAGAAUGAGAAACGACUAUGCAGACUUAAAGAAAGAACCAGAAAAGCCAGCAGAAGAUAAAAUGGACAUGUUAGAAUUUCUGAACAAAAACUAUCCAACUGCAGAAGAUUUCCUUUUAUCUGACGUCAAGAAGAAGUAUAAAGAAACCUUCGGCAUAGUUAAAACAUUCGAUGUACUAAAAGAAGAAAUAGAAGCUACGAAAUUGUUUAGGAUUUCAAAUAUACAUCGUACAAUUCAUGUAAAACGCUUAUAA